UACAUUUACCUUUCGGAAGGCUUUGUAUCUAUUCAAUCUAGCAAGAAGAAUGAGUGAAAGUACUGAAACAUGAAGUUGGAAUACACAUCAUAUGAGAAUCUGGUGUAUUAUAUUACACUGUUUACUGUGCUCCGAUAUAAUGAUGGAUGUUCUAGAGAGAGAUCCAGGGUUGUUAGACGUGUAAUCACUGAAAAAAUAUAUCCAUUGUACAAAUCUGUCCAAGCAGAGAUUCCAGAUACAUGUAUCCUGAAUAAAGAGAGAGAUAUUUAUGCCAUACAAGAGGACCAAAAAUAUAAUGAGCCACCCAAUAAGUGGUAUUGUAAUAUCUGUGGUAAAGGGUUCAUGGCAGAGUAUUACUUAGAUCUACACUUUACCAACAGACAUAAAGAAUACAUUAGACAGGGGGAGGAUGUGAUAUGUUUAGCUGAUUACUGUGAUCUAUAUAGGUGUGAUAUAAUUGCUGGGAUACAAACAGCUGAAUUCUGGGAUGUUUCCUUAUGUUUAGAAGAAGAUAUGGAAGAUAUUAAACAGAGAUGCAAGGAAGUAUUCAAUAAUUGUGUUCCUGAAGGUUUAUCAAGGAAUGCAACACUUACAUUAGAAGAAGGAUUAAAUGAAAUAGUUUGUAAUUUCCAUACCUGUAAAAAAUACUGGGAAACCCCACUGGAAAAGCCCAGAGAUGUAUCAGUGAUGUAUACAGUUUUUACUGUGUUUACUUUCAUCAUACUGAUCAUUUACUACUGUAUAGGAUAUCAGUAUUACUAUACAGAUACCUUCACAGAUAUGUAUGAACCAAGCUUUAAACCAUCAUACAAGCUUCCAAAUCAACAGGUACGACAGAGAAUAGUCAAUACAGACAGAUGACAAAGGGAGAUAAUCUUCUCAUUAAGACUAAGUGAUGUAGCAUUCGUUGAAAUGAGUACUAGAUGGAAUGUUUAUGAACUAUUAAAAUUGUCAAAAUUUUGUGUUGCAGAAAAUGCAGAGUGAAAAUGAUAUUGCAUAGUGGUGAAGAAGUAAAUACAAUGUAGCAUGAAAGUGUGUUUAAGUUGGCAUAUAGACCACUACAAUCUUUAUUAACAUGUUCUCAUCCUAAAUAUGCAUUUAGUUUGCCACUGGAAGUUAAAUAGCCAUCCAUCAUCAUCAACAUCUUCAUUCUCAUAUUUAUUAAAUAUAAAUUAUAUCUAAAUGUCAAAUUAUGCAUUUUGUUUUCAGGUAUGUUUUUGGGUAGGAGAGCAUAUGUUAUUAUAGACAUGUCAUGUAUGAGAAUUGAAGCAGUGAUAGAGAUUGCUCCUGAGAUAGUAGUCCUGUUAACUCUGAACCUAACAGUAUAUUAAAGGAACUUUAAAGUUUAGAUAUUCACUUUCACAUCCUUAGAUAUUUGAUUCUGUAUGAACAUGCAUCAAAUUUGAUUUGCCAUAAAGCCUAUAGUGCAGUAAAGUGAUUAAAAGGGAACAACAAUGUAAAAAUUCAAGAAGAUAAGAUAUUUUAUAGACAUAAAAUUCCAAAAGCCGAGCUAAGAUGUACGAAUAUUAAUGCAUCCUUUGUUUGAAAAAAAAAACAAGAAAAGGAAAAAACAAAUGACAUUGGUAUAAAUUUGUUUUCUUCAUGGAAGAAAUCCGUAUUGGAGAUAUGAAUCCUGCAAUAGCAUAUUAUUUUGACACUAGCUUGUUCUAAAUUUUAAUUAUUAUAUAACAAAACUGUUAAAUUGUUCACCUUCCAGCUUUUUAAAACAAUGAAUUGGCACCAAAGAAAAUACAAUAUAUAAAUAAACAUUAUUGUCAUAAGAUAUUAUAUAAAGUUUGUAGGAAAAGACAUGAUUGUUAUGGUAAUCAUCAACAAAAUGUGUCAUCUGAAGAUUUUUAUGCCCCACCUAGGAUAGUAGAGGGGCAUUAUGUUUUUCUAUCUAUGUGUCCGUUCGUUCAUCCAUCCGUUCGUCCGUCUGUCCCACUUUAGGUUAAAGUUUUUGGUCAAGGUAGUUUUUGAUGAAGUUGAAGUCCAAUCAACUUGACACUUAGUACACAUGUUCCCUAUGAUAUGAUCUUUCUAAUUUUAAUGCCAAAUUAGAGUUUUGACCCCAUUUUCACGAUCCACUGAACAUAGAAAAUGAAAGUGCGAGUGGGGCAUCCAUGUACUAUGGACACAUUCUUGUUUUAAAAGUUAUUUUAAAAUAAAAUAUAUUUAUGAUUUGCA